GGUGCCACCAGACUCCAUAUUGUUAGAGGUUGACAAUGUAACCAAAUGGUUCCUGUCUGUCACUGUAUUCUGUUAAUUCAGAGAUCAAAAGGAGAUGUUAACAUUUAGAUGAACCGUGAAUGUAAUAGUAUCAUUGUCUUCAUUUCUCUUUGAAGUUUGUAGUAAACUACCUGUAAAUGGUGGGAGAUGGGCAGUUGCCUGAUGCUAAUCCAUGUAGCUAAUUAUCAGUGGUGCUUAGGAAAUAGAAGGUUUUACUUCAAAGCUGCAGUGCUUCACCCAAGGAAUGCCUGCUGUCAAGAGGCUGCCAGAGAUCUAUAAAAAGAACUCUAGGGCCCUGAUCCUUUGUCACAGGAAGUUUGAGUCCCAAGACUGAGAUCUUCAGCUCCAGUCUAGAUCACCCUGAUAUUCGAGUGUAACCUAUGGAACUUGCUCUGAAAGAACUCUUUGCAUCUCUAAAGCUCACCAUCUGUACUAUGAAACUGACCUAAGAAUUUUAUUCAAGUCUGUAUGUAUAAUGAUCUUUUAACCAAUACUCUCUUUUCUUUUCUAAUACAUUUUUGUUUAGUUAAUAAGAAUUGGCUGUAAGCCUGUAUUUGGGUAAGAUCUGAAAUAUUCAUUGACCUGGUGAGUAAUGUGUCUGAUCUUCUGGGAUUGGUAGAACUUUUUAUAUGAUGAACAAGAUUUGUUCAUCAUAUUUGACUUGGCUGUCUGGGUAGGAGCUCAAGGCUGGAUUGUUUAAAGGAACUGUAUUUCUGGCUUCUGGGUAACCAGUAAAGUGUUGUAGAAGCUAUUUUGUUGGCUGGUUUGGUAAAUCUAAGUAUUAGAAAUAUCCACUAGUUUUGGGGAUCGUCUGCCCCAUUCUUUGCACUUUGCCCUGACUGAACAAUCUCAGCGUGGCCUCCCCUGGGACUCUGGUCACAGUAGUGCUUUCCAACUCUAUUCACACUGGGAAUGUUAGAAUCAGAAAAUAGAACAAAAGUAGUCUUAUUAAUAUCACACCAAAUACUGCUCAUUUUAGAAGCCAUUUAAGUUUAAAAGUCGUCUUUUCUCUUGCUCUCUUUGGCAUUUGAAGUGGAUGUGAAUGUAAUUUACACCACUGGUGUAAAAAGGCCUUAGGUCUGGUCUACACCUAAAACUUAGAUGGACCGUGCUACAUCUCUUAGGGCUGAGAAAAAUGUCAUGCCUUGUGCAACAUAGUUAGGUUGACCUGACCUAACCCUCCCCUCUUGUAAACGCAGCUAGGCCAACGGAAGAACUCUUCCAUCGACCUACCUACUAUCUCUCUGAGAAGUGGAUUAUGUACGCUGUCGGAAAAUUCCCUUCCUUUGAUGUAGGAAGCAUCUACACUACAGCGCUACAGUGCACACACAGCUGCAGCACCGUAGCUGUGCUUCUGUAAUGUAGACAAACCUUUAAUGUAAAUGAAAAUUAAGUCUGGAGUUCUUUGGUGAAAUGUUCUAUGAGGUCUAUGGAGAGAAUCAAAAGUUGAUUCAGCAUUCUUCCUGCUGCAGGGAUGGAAAGAGGUGUAUUAUGGAUCUUAGGAACAGGAGGGAUGGUGUGACAGAGUGGAUAUCAGAGAGGCCACAGGACGAGCUGCCAAGUCUGAGAAAACAAUUGUGGUCUCUGGUAUUCCAGAUGGCAUUGUGAAAGAUGAUGUCAUGGCUGACAUAUUGAUGAUUCAUUUCCAAAAGGCGAAGAAUAGGGGUGGAGACGUGAAGGAUGUAGUUUAUCCAACAGCAAUAAAAGGAGUUGCAUACAUAAUCUUUGAAGAUCAAGAAGUUACAAAGAAUGUUCUCCAGAAAGAUGAACACAGACUAGAGGACAAGAGGCUGGGCAGGUAUUAUCCUCUGAAAAUCUCUCUCUAUAGUGAACACGUCUUCACCUGUGUCUCGUCUGUUCUUGAUUUGUCCAUUUUUGAAGAUAAAUACAUUUUGGAAGAUCUGGUGCAGGAGCUUCAGAAGACUAUCCCAGCCUUGAGCUUCAGUCCUUUGCAAUCCAAUGGGCAAAUUUCUGUUCAAGGGUCAUUCCCAGCAAUCAAGUCACUAAAAGACAAUUUGUUAUUAAAAGCAAAUUCCCUUUCCAGGAAGGGCAAGAGGGGAGAGAGAAAGCCAGAUCAAAGACCUAACAGCAGGACCGAGAAACGUGGACUAUUUGUGGAGCCAAAUAAUACUUUUGUCCAUAAUGUAAACAGGGAAGAACAAGUGGUUGUCCUGGACACAGAUAUCUAUUGCUACAUGAAACAUUUUUUAUACAAGGAAAGUCUGGCAAAAUACAAUGUUGUAAGUCGUGGAGUCACAGAUGGUGAGAUCACCACAAUAUAUCUAGAAAAUGCCAGAGCAAAUUUGGAUUCUAGAGAAUUAGAAAGAGCCAAAGAGGGAAUUGAAGAUUUGUCUGCAAAACUUCAUUGCAGAUUACGUAAAGAAAGAUUCUCUCUUGAUGGCAACACCAGAUCCGAAAGGCUGAAAUAUAAACAAGCAUUUGAGAGCAUAAAAUCCCGAUUCCCCAAAGUUCUGGUUAUUCCUUAUGAUACUCACAUUGAUGUGAUAGGAAGUUCCUCUGAGACAUAUGAGUUUACACAAGAAGUGAAUAGAACAGUAAAAAGCCACAUCCAAAAAAGAUUCAGGAGGUAGGAGUCAUUUAGGUGAUGCCUGCGAGCUAGGACUUCCUGAGAGUGACAUCUCUUACACCAAAGUACAAUCUCCCAAGGGAGUUGGUAGAAGCCCUAUUGCUGGGGACUUUUGAUAAAGGAUGUUUUGCACUUCUGUAACUUCCAGUGGAGGAUUUCAAAGCACUUUGCAAACUUCAAUUAAUUAGGGCCCAAUCCUGCUCCCAUUAGAGUUUUGCCAUUGACUCCACACAGCACCCUAAUAGUAUUAGGAGCUUCAUUUUACACGUUGUGGCUCCUCUGUCAUUAAAAGAAAAUGCAGGCCCUUCUACAUCACUGCUGAUACAGUCCUACAAUACGUGCACAGGCACUUCUCAGAGAACAGGAAGCCUGGACACCAAGACAAAAGUCCCAAAUACUAACUUAAAUUUCAAACAUGUAGCAAAUGCCCUGUUCAUGCAUCUGGUGAAAUUAAAGUGCGUAGAAGUUAGUUUUCAUAGUGAAUGGACCAUCCCUGUUUUAUGGUCUCUACUCAUCACAAACUAGUGCCUCUUGUGGCUGUAUUAACAUACACUCUUUUUAUGCAAGUUUUUGUUUAAUAAAUCACUUAGUUUUACAUGUAAAACAUGUUUUGAUAAACUUUUUUCUUUUUAUAUGCGGCAAAUUUAAAGUAGUUUCAUUUAACCAAUAAAAAAAGUAAAUGCUGUUUUUGUGCAUUAAUUGAAUUCUAAUUUCCAUCCAAAUACAGCUUGACAAGAAUUAUGAGUAAAAAAUUAAUCAUAAUCUAGUAAAUAAAAAACAUGCACCAAUCACUAUUUUGUAACAAAAAAAUUGUGCCAAUUAUGAAUCUGAAUAAAUGUAUGUUAAGCUACGUAGACUCAUUGACUCAUAGACUUUAAAGCCAGAAGGGUCAUCUAGUCUGACCUCUUGCACAUUGCAGGCCACAGAACCUCACCCACCCACUCACUCCUGUGAUAGACCCAUAACCUCUGGCUGAGUUACUGAAUUCGUGAUUUAAAGUCUUCAAGUUACAGAGAAUCCACCAUUUACGCUACGUUAAACCUGUAAGCGACCUGUGCCCUAUGCUUCAGAGGAAGAUGAAAAAUCCACACAAUUCCUUAAAUAACUGUGUAAAGAUAUAGUGUAUCGUCCUAGUUAGCAAAAAGAAGUAGCAAAUUUAAUGUAAAGGCUCUAAUUUGUAGAAAGUAAACAUAUUUUAAUGGUUUCCAACCAACAAGAAUUAAUCUUUCUUUAGGAUAAUAAUUAAGGUACAAAGGCAAAAAAAAUUAAAAUCAGUUAUUUAAAUCAAGGUGUCCUUCUUGGUGAUUUAAAAUGCUUUGCUUUAAAUCAAUCCACCUUACUUGAGGCAGGGAGUAUAUUGAGGAUGGGGAAGAAGGGAUUUUUAAGUGUUUAAAGAAUAAAUAAGAGGCCAUUCACAUACUAUAAGGGAUAAACCAACUCGGUAUUGAUUGUCAAAAAGGUACCUGUAUAUACCUUUAAAUACUGUAUAUUUGUUUGUCCUAGUAGGUAGUUACAGAAAGCAGGAACAUUGUUAUCUGCCUUUAAUAUUUUCGUUGCAGGAGAAGCUCCUGGUGAUAGAGAUACACCCAGAAGGUAGAGCUUUUAUACCUGGGAAGGGGGCAUGAGCUCUGACCCCAGAAAUGUAGUUUAGGGAUUGGUAGCCAUUUUGUAGAAACCUUUCCUGUUUUUUCAGUCAUCUAACCCAGCCUCCCACAUUCAAAAUGCGUAUUAGAGACAAAUAAGUGAUAAUUGGCCUUAUUUUCACGGGACUAUUGAACUCUCACUGACAGGCAGCUGCAGCUGCUCAGCAUCUCGUACAAUCAGACCAGUUAUUUUGAAUAUCUCUAAGGCUUUGGCUACACUGGCACUGUACAGCGCUGCAACUUGCUGCGCUCAGGGGUGUGAAAAAACA